CCCACAAAAGUACAGUUACCUUACACGCUUGGGCAUCAUCUCUCAACCCGCCCGCUCAUCGCCUCCCUGCCCCCAAGUGUGCCCGGCCUAGUUCCGCGCCCUCUCGGAAAUGGGCCGCCACGCAAAUCCCGACAUCCGGCGCGCCUUCGCUGAGUUCCAAGAUCAGGACACGCCGUCCAAGUGCAACAAGGUGCGAUGUCUGCACUGCGGCUUCGUGCGCGCGAAGAACACCACGCGCCAGAUCGAGCAUCUGCAGGAGUGCCAGGCGUACCUGGCCUCCCCAGAAGCUCAAGCGCACCUCGCCCAGAACCAACAUGGCACGCCCGCGGGCGUCGACGCCAGCAUGCCGCAAGGCUCCGGUGUCUUGAGCGGCCAGCAUCCGAAUCCGAACCUCCAAGUCCACCGUCGUGGCCCGAACACGAAGCGCACGCGUGACGGCCAGCCCAUCGCGCCGCACGUUAACAUGCAGCCGGCCAUCUCUCCCUCCCUGACCGCCCACCUCCUGUCAGUGUGCUCCUCGCCGUUUACCCAAGCUACACAACAACCCUUUCUCUCCCACGCGGGCUGCGGCUCGUUGGCUCCGGGACCGCUGUCGCAAUGGCUGGUGCAGGAUGGACACCAUGCGCGAGGCUACAUACGCUUCGUGGGACAAUUACUAGCCAAAAUCCGUCUGCCGCAAACCUCGAACUCGCAGUUCCACCCCAUGUACAGGACUAUGGACCUCCUCAUUUCCGCCUUGAAUAACAUGCGGCGGGAGAUGCAGUUCUUCGAGAUCACGGCCACCAAAUACGGCCUUACCCUAAGCCAGGAACCCCCUACUCCCAUAACGCGGUCGCUGCUGGAUCUCUUCGUAAGCGCAAGCAGCUCGAGUUCUUCGCUCCUCGAGGGUAUGGUCGUCCUUUGGGGGACCGAGCAUUGCUAUCGCUCCGCCUGGCAAUACGCGUCCUCUUUCAGCACCUCACUCUCCACCCCAAGCUCCGACUCGCAUAUCAUUGCCCUCCAUCAGGCACUCAUUCCUAACUGGACAUCGCCCGCUUUCAGCAAGUUUGUAGACGCCACGCGCGCCCUCGUUGACGAAUUGGCCAACAUUACAACGACUCGAGACGGCAAGGAAGAGAUGAUGCGGUGUGAGGAGAUCUUCCGCCAGAUCUGCUGGCUAGAAGAACGCUUCUGGCCUGACGUCGACGGUAUGGGCGAGGAGGACGAUAGCGCGCGGCUCGGCCCCAGUCUUGGUCCGAUGGGAGCAGGCAUGGACAACGGCUUGCCCAUGAAUGGACCGAUGAAUGGGCCGAUGAAUGGACCUAUGAAUGGACCUAUGAACGGCCAAAUGAACAACCAAAUGAACAACCAAAUGAAUAGCCAGAUGAGCGGCCAGAUGAACGGGCAGAUGAGCGGGCCCAUGAAUAGUCAAAUGAGUAGCCAAAUGAACGGACCUAUGAACGGACCGAUGAACGGCGGCGACGGCACUCCAGUCGGAGAUGGGAGGAAUAGCUUUGGUCUUCCCAAUGGCAGUGGUCUUGAGGGCGUCGGUCAGAGCUCAUGACUGCCUGAACAGACAGUCACCGGUUACCUAGCGUCGCUGCGACUGACUCACCAGAAUCCACUUCGCGGAACACUCCAUCCUUGAAUCUAUAGGAUGGAGGGCGUUUCCUAGCUGCUUUUCGCUGGACAUUGACUAUUUAGAGAAUGAAGAUAGGGCUAUGGCAAUACGGCGGUCUUGUUGGCUAACCGCUGUGAUUUCUGUCUGUGGAAAAAGAGAUAUCAUCUGUGCAGGAGUUAUGGUCGGUCUACUGACCUGAUGGCGUUUCAGGGUGUGGCUUACGGUUGAUAUCACGGUACUAUUUUCGAGGAAUAUUUCGCCCUGUGUUCAAAAUUAUAAUAUGAUAUCAGUGUCGAUCUUCAAUUUCUGGUAUGCCUCUCUUAGAUGUAGUCUGACAUGCUCCGCUAUCCGCUCAAGAAAUGGACCUGCAAUCGUGUCUGACUCUCAUGAUGCGCAACGGAC